ACGGACGGACGGAUGGAUGGAUGGAUGGAUGGAUGGAUGGAUGGAUGGAUGGGAUCUCUCGCAAGCGCAAAGGCAACAAGUGAAGUCCCAGAACGGCUAAUGCGCUUCCUACUUCAUCUUUUUUAGCGAAGCGACAAUUAAAUAGGAGCUGUGACCAUGCGCUUUGAACAGCUCAUAUCACACAUCUGUAGUAAGACCCCGUCUUCCUUUUCACCCUCUCCUUUUGAAGGCAUCGGAGGUAUUUUUCGCCCCUUCCAAAGUGCCUCAGCGCUUGCUUGGCAGAGUGUCUGUUGUGCACAAUCUAUGCUCCUUGAAUCUGUCUGUCCACAGUGAAUGAUUUUCCUUUACACUUACGUGUGUGUGGAACAACCCGCCGGUGGGGCAUCUGCGUUCCAUCAGUCCAUCAUCCGCUCUUUAGCGCCUUUGAUUUACGAUAGGUGUUGUGAGGCCGUCACUCCAAUUGCUCUUGAAUGCGAGCUUUGGCUAGUCAAGGUUGCGAGAUCAACGAGCGUGACUGUCCGAGCAAGUUUUUCUUUUUUUAACGUGGAGCCACGGCAGACGGCGGAGAUUGAUGAGAGGGGACGACAGCGUGUCUUGGCAGACUCCCUCGGUCAAAGGAGCCGCCGCGGGUGCUAUCUCGCGCUGGCUUUUUUUCCACUUAGGUGACGGAUCUCGGCCAAGCAUUAUCCUGAAUUUGAUGCCAACGCAAUGAUAGCUAGCUUUCAGCAAAAGAGUCCACUUGCCUUGAUUCAGCAUCUUGAUUUUCUUCUACCUGCCAAACGGGAAAAAGUUCUACUCAUCCAUUUGAACUGGGCUGGCUGGCACUGAAUGAGGGCUCCCUCACGCCUACGUGCAAGCGGCGGAUGACAAUGUGGCGGUGAGGAGGACGCACGAGCAGCGCUGGAGGAGAUGGCUUCCCAACAGCCCGCGUCACAUGGACAGCAACAGGGCCAGUCAGGAGCAGGAACGCCAGGAGGAGCCCGCGCAGGAGGAGGACCGGGCCGAGCGCUUCCCCGGCCUGAUGUCAGCCGAGGACGUCGGCAACAGCUCGCAAAUUGAGGACGACGCCGAUCACAACUACUACACAUCCAAAACGUACAGCCCGGCCGAUGCCGCCGGCAAGGCCUUGUGGGUAAACAUCGAGCAGAUGGACAAGGAGAAAGUGAAGAUUCACGGGAUUCUGUCCAACACGCAUCGACAAGCGGCGAGAGUCAACCUGUCCUUCGACUUCCCCUUUUAUGGACAUUUGCUGCGUGAGAUCACCGUGGCGACCGGCGGGUUCAUCUACACAGGCGACGUGGUGCAUCGGAUGCUAACAGCUACGCAGUACAUAGCCCCCUUGAUGGCCAACUUUGACCCCAGCGUGUCCAGAAACUCAACCGUCAUCUACUUUGACAACGGUACAGCUCUGGUGGUGCAGUGGGACCACGUCCACCUGCAGGACAACUACAACCUGGGCAGCUUCACCUUCCAGGCCACGCUGCACGACACCGGGCGCAUCGUCUUUGCUUACAAAGAGGUCGGUAGCGUUAGCGUCGUGGGGGGGGGGGAAGCACGAGAAGGGAUGGAAAGGCGCCGACUCCUGUUGUUCCAGAUUCCCGUGGAACUGUCGCAGAUCAGCCCCAUUAACCACCCGGUGAAGGUGGGCCUCUCGGACGCUUUUGUGGUGGUGCACAAAAUCCAGCAGAUACCCAACGUGAGGCGGCGGACCAUCUACGAGUACCACCGGGUGGAGCUGACCAAGACGAGGAUCACCAACUCCUCCGCCGUGGAAUUGACACCAUUGCCCACGUGUCUCCAGUUCAGCACCUGCGCCACGUGCACGUCCUCCCAGGUGAACUUCAACUGCAGCUGGUGCCAUCGACUCAACAGAUGCUCCAGUGGCUUUGACCGCCAUCGGCAGGACUGGGUGGACAACAGCUGUCCAGAUGAGACAAAGGACAAGCUGUGUGACAUCAUCGACACCACCUAUCUCUCCCCGUUCACCACACCGCUUGGCGCCAGGACCACACCCAGAAGCAAAGAGGCCCCGCCGUCCACCUGGCAGCCCCCGACCAGCGCCCCGACUGAAGAUGAUACCAAGAUUGCGCUGCACCUCCGAGAAAAUCAAGUGAUGCCGGCGGCGGCGGCGGCGGCAGACCGCUCGACGGGCGCGCACCCCCUGCACACGGGUUUGAUCCUGGGCGUCCUGCUGGUGAUGCUCAUCAUGGUGGCGGGCGUGACGGUCACCGUCUACAUCUACCAUCACCCGACAUCAGCCGCCAGCCUCUUCCUGAUGGAGAGACGGCCCAGCAGUUGGCCGGCCAUGAAGUUCCGCCGCGGCUCGGGCCACCCGUCCUACGCCGAGGUGGAGCCGGCGGGCCACGAGAAGGAGGGCUUCAUCGUGUCCGAGCAAUGCUGAGGAGCGAAUCCCCAGACGUCGGAUCUGGAGGACGGACUGGUUCUGCCGAGCGAGCAAGUGAGGCGGGCGGAGCCAACGGAAGGACAACGUGGCUGGCUGCCUUGACUGCAUCCUGGAUGGUAUCAGGAGAGAAUGAAUGAUGCUUUGAAAAACGGUGUGAAUGGAUUUUUUCUUGAUUGUUGCUGGGCUUCUACAAUAUAGGCUUGGAAUGUCCAUCUGGUUGCGUCUGUGCUUUUUCCAUACACGCACGCCAUGUUUUCCCAGGCCUUUUUUUCCCUCCUCCACCACCACCAUCAUUACCUACCACCACCACCUGCAACUGCUUUUGAACUUUUCUACAAUGUUUAUGAGCAAACUGAAGCUCGCGGGAAAGUCCAGGAAAGGUGGUUGCAUUUGAUUUGUGUUCUUCAUUUUUAAUUUCAAGCACAUCAUUCAAAUCUCAUAGGUAAACCUUUUACUUUUGCUAAGACUCAAAUCUCAAGUCAUUUUCCUUUGUAAUAUUGCAACUUCUGCCUCCCAAAAUAAGACUUCGGGUUCCAAUGCACCUUUGUAGCUUUUGACCAGGCCAAUCAAAUGGAUACAAUUGUAUUUAUGCACAUUCUUUUUUUUCAUUUGACAUUUCUUUUUUGUACCGGAGACGUUUGCACUUUUUUUUUUCUUCUUUUUCUUUUUGGGUGGUACUAAUGCAAAAUGACAAGACAGGCGCUGGUGAGUGUGUAUGAGCAAUCUAUUUUCUUAGUGUGUGUGUGUGUGUGACUGGAAAAACAAAAGGAGAAGAAAUAAGGGUUUUUAAUGGUAGUUGGCUUUCCACUAGCUGGCGGAGCACAUGUGAAUUGUUCAUUGAUUAGCCAAAUGAACGCAGCGGUCUUGCUUUUGAUUCCUGUUUUGAUCGGGCCCAUUUCCUUGCUAGCGUGAAUGCGGUCCUGUCUCGUCAGACAUGAGUACAAUAAUCGGAUGGAUAAUAGAGCCUACAUUGCUUGGGCAAAACAUUUGCAGAUUCAGGUCAAUCGUGGCUCACAUUUGCUGUAUUGGGCAAAAUAUUUUUACAAGUGUCCUUUUCUAUUGCGUGAAACGAAACGACUGCAGUCUUUAUUUUCCCACAUCAACCUCUGGGUAUGUGUACAUAUUUUUACCGCGCAGAUCAGAAAUGAGCCCAACGCUAAACUGACAUUCUACUGACCAAUAUGUGCAAUGCAACGCGAUUUAAUUCAACAAUUGUCCUUUUGAAAAGGUUAUUUUGUUUUGACCAAAGAUGAUCUUGUGACCUGUCGCACCUCACAUCCAUCCAUUCAAUUGGUUAUCCCAAUUGUGCGAGCUCAACAGGUUGAAAGGUUUAUGUCGAAUUCUAUGUCCCCAUCUCAUUAUACACCAAUCUCAUUCUUGUAGUUAUACUUUGGGGUUGAAUGCAUUUGAAAUAAUAAAAAGAAAGGUUUAAAAACCAA